AUGCUCUUGCGGAGAAUUCCCCUAUGGCAAUACCAUUCCCCCCCGCCGCCGCCGCUGCAGCAUGCCAUUACCAACCUCUCCGAAGACACUCAACGUUCAGAACAUCAGAUAAAAGUCGACUCGGCCAACGCAACUUCUCGAAUCGAUGCAUACGAAUCUGCGAAUCGAGGUGUCCAUGAGAACCUGGUGAAAGUUGCCCUCCGUGUCUUCAUCACGUGGCUCCCACCAGAGGGUAGUGCCAACAUCGUCAACAGAAUUAAUGACGCAAGUUUGAAACGUGGUGACCAGGGUAUUUACGAAGAGUUUGCCAACCUUUAUACUGGCCUACGGGCUCGUAUGCAUGCUCAGUCUAAGCCACCCACGAUCACCGAAUCACACAACGAGCGAUCCAUGCACAACGUGAAUUCUAUCUCGAGCCAGCUCGAUGAGCCUGGUCGCCGCCAAAUUAACUUCCGUAACGGACUACUCAACCGCGACCACCAUCGCUGUGUUGUUACGGGAGACAUGGAUGUGAUGGAACGAGAGCGACGAGGCGAUCCACCGGAGAUCGAGCUAUUUGGCAAGGUUGAAGGAGCCCACAUCAUCCCCUUCUCGUACGGUACCUGGAAAGGACAACUGUCAGCCUCUACGUAUGAGAUCUCCAAGGCGUGGGAGGUUUUACUUCGCUGCUUCCCGGCAAUCCAACAGGCUGGGUUUGGCCCCAACGACAUCAACCACCUUUCCAACGGGAUGGUUCUCCGCUCAUGGUUGCACACUGCAUUUAGAGAAUUCAGUUUUGCUUUUAAGGCAACGGAGAAUCGGCACGUCUACGAAAUCGACAUACUUGGUAAAUUUGACAAACGCGAGCUGCCAUACUUCCCGGCAAAGGUCGACUUCCGAGGCUGCGAGGGUCCGGUCGAGGAUUACCCAAAGCCCGAGCUGCUAGAAUGUCACUGGCGCCUGGGGAAGAUCCUCCACGCAUCAGGUAUGGCAGAGGCGUUCGAGAAAGACUUUCGCGAGUGGGAUGAGUUGAAAGGUCUGCACCGGUUGAGGCCUGAUGGCCAAACCGACAUCGGGGAUGUGCUCUCCCACCAUCCGGACCUGUGGGCGUAUGUCUGUGCGCAGGAAGCCUAG